GAAAAAAAUAUGCCUUUUCGAAUAGCUUCAACAUGGCAGGAGAUCAGGCGCAAUUUUAUCAGUUAUUAAAUACCAUAUUAUCCCCGGAAAACGACAUUAGAUCCCAAGCAGAAGAAGCGUACAACAACAUUCCAACAGAGACAAAAGUAGUAUUUUUGGUGGGUGCUAUCCAAAAUGGAGAACUUGGUGAGGACAUCAGACAAACAGCGGCAGUUUUCCUGCGGCGACUAUUUAGCACAGACUUUUUCGAGUUCUUUCCAAAAUUGCCAUUCGAACAACAGACAAUGCUCAGAGAACAGCUGCUCAUCACAUUACAAAUGGAGGUCACACAACAACUACGGCGUAAGAUUUGCGAUGUAGUGUCAGAACUCGCAAGAAACCACAUUGAUGAUGACGGCGUCAACCAGUGGCCAGAAUUUCUUCAAUUUAUGUUUAACUGUGCAAACUCCCAAGAUCCUAAUAUUAAAGAGGCUGGCAUUCGCAUGUUCACGUCAGUACCAGGAGUUUUUGGAAAUCUACAAAAUGAGAAUUUGGAUGUUAUAAAACGUAUGCUCCUCUCAGCUCUGGAGCCCACAGAAUCUGAAGCACUCCGCAUACAGGCAGUAAAGGCAGUUGGUGCUUUUAUACUGCUCCAUGAAAAGGAACCUGGUAUUCAAAAACAUUUCAGCGAUUUACUUCUGCCUUUAAUGCAGGUAGUGGCCCGUACAAUUGAACAGGGAGAUGAUGACUCUGCAUUAAAGGUGCUCAUUGAACUUGCAGAGACUGCUCCAAAAUUCUUACGAACUCAGUUAGAGACCAUAUUCCAAGUCUGUAUUAAGGUAGUGGGCGAUCACAAUGCUGAUGAUAAUUGGCGACAAUUGGCAUUGGAAGCUAUGGUGACACUAUGCGAGACUGCACCGGCGAUGGUCCGCAAACAAGUGCCCGACGGUAUUCGCAUGCUGACACCACUCGUACUUGAAAUGAUGUGCGAAUUAGAAGACGAAGACGAUUGGGCAUUGCAAGAUGACGUCGCUGAUGACGAUAAUGAAGAUAACUAUGUAGCUGCAGAGUCUGCCCUCGAUCGUAUGUGCUGCGGUCUUAGUGGCAAGAUAAUGCUGAACUUAAUUGUGGGUCAAGUGCCCACUAUGUUAAGCUCUGAGGACUGGAGAAGACGACAUGCAGCACUUAUGGCUGUCUCCUCUGCAGGCGAGGGUUGCCACAAGCAGAUGGAACAAGUACUGGAUCAAGUGGUUACAGCUGUACUCACUUAUCUUACUGACCCUCAUCCUCGUGUCCGUUAUGCAGCAUGUAACGCAAUAGGACAAAUGUCGACUGAUUUUGCACCUGUAUUUGAGAAGAAGUUUCAUGAUAAAGUGGUGCCUGGUCUCUUAUUGGUACUCGAUGACAAUGCAAAUCCGCGUGUGCAGGCACAUGCGGCUGCUGCUUUGGUUAACUUCAGUGAAGACUGUCCAAAACCCAUUUUGACACCAUAUUUAGAUGCGCUAAUGAGCAAACUAGAGGAAAUAUUAACAGCUAAAUUUAAAGAGCUCGUAGAACGUGGCACCAAACUGGUGCUAGAACAAAUAGUAACAACGAUUGCGUCUGUUGCCGACACCGUUGAAAAAGAUUUCAUUCAAUACUACGACAGAUUGAUGCCUUGUCUUAAAUAUAUAAUAGCCAAUGCAACAACCCAAGAACUUAAAAUGCUCCGUGGCAAAACAAUUGAAUGUGUCAGUCUUAUUGGUCUUGCUGUUGGUGAAGAGAAAUUUAUGGCUGACGCAUCUGAAGUCAUGGAUUUGCUUCUUAAAACACAUACAGAGGGUGACCAACUGCCUGCUGAUGACCCACAAACAUCGUAUCUUAUCUCCGCCUGGUCGCGCAUUUGUAGAAUCAUGGGCAAAAAAUUCGCCCAAUAUCUACCUAUGGUUAUGGAGCCAGUAAUGCGCACUGCUGCGAUGAAGCCUGAAGUUGCAUUGUUGGAUAAUGAGGAUCUCGAAACUAUCGAAGGCGAUGUAGAUUGGCACUUCGUCACACUAGGCGAGCAACAAAAUUUCGGCAUAAAAACAGCUGGUUUGGAAGACAAAGCUUCAGCGUGUGACAUGUUAGUUUGCUAUGCUCGAGAGUUGAAAGAAGCUUUCGCUGAAUAUGCAGAAGAUGUAGUUAAGCUCAUGGUACCUAUGUUAAAGUUCUACUUCCACGACAACGUGCGGACAGCGGCGGCCGAGUCGUUACCAUAUUUACUUGAAUGUGCACGUAUUCGCGGCCCACAAUAUAUACAGGGCAUGUGGGCCUAUAUAUUACCUGAAUUACUCAAAGCCAUUGACUCAGAGCCUGAGUUGGAGGUGCAAGUUGAAUUACUGAACAGUCUUGCACAGUGUAUUGAACUUCUCGGCACUGGAUGUUUGUCUGACGAAUCGAUGGCGGAAGUGCUGCGUAUACUCAACAAACUACUCACAGAACACUUCGAGCGCGCCACUCAACGCAGACAGAAACGUUCCGAUGAGGAUUAUGAUGAGGUGGUUGAAGAGCAGCUAGCUGAUGAAGAUAACGAGGAUGUGUAUGGUCUAUCGCGCGUCGCGGAUGUUCUCCAUGCAUUAAUGUCGGCCUACCGUGAACACUUCUUCCCACACCUUGAUAGUUUGCUUCCUCAUCUUGUCCAUUUGCUAGCUCCUGGACGCCCGUACGCAGAUCGCCAGUGGGCAUUAUGUAUUUUCGAUGAUGUUAUUGAAUUUGGAGGACCGGCGUGCAUCAAGUAUCAGAACAUCUUCCUGGAGCCGAUGCUGGAGGGGCUGCGCACGUACGAGCCGGAGGUGCGGCAGGCGGCGGCGUACGGGUGCGGCGUGCUGGCGCAGUUCGGCGGCGCGCAGUUCGCGGCCGCGUGCGCCCGCGCCGUGCCGCUGCUGGCCGCGCUCAUCGCCGAGCCGGAGGCGCGCUCCGUAGAGAACCUCAACGCCACCGAGAACGCCAUCUCGGCCGUCACCAAGAUCAUCAAGUACAACCACACGCAGAUCAACAGAGACGAGAUUAUUAGGCAUUGGCUGACUUGGCUUCCCGUGACGGAGGAUACAGAGGAGGCGCCACACGUGUACGGGUUGCUGUGCGAACUAGCAGCGAGCGGACACGAAACACUGGCCACGCCCGACGCACCACAACGCGUCAUCGCUACGCUUGCUGAGGCAUUCCUUCGAGACGCCGUUCCCACAGAUAAUCCAGUUUUUGCGCAAAUGGUCGCACUCGUUAGACAAAUACAGAGCAAUGCGGAAUUAUUUGCAUCGUGCCUCAUGCAGCUGAGCAGCGAACACAAGGAGGCGCUGGAGAUAGCGCUGUCCACCUAGAAUCGGCCACAGCCGCCGCCACCGUCACCAUUAUCACUGCAACCAUGUCGGCACGCACUCCGUUGCCAGUCACACUCCACUUAACGCGUCUCAUAAACUCAUCUCUCCCGCAAUGACCUCCUAUAGCUCGCUACUUCUCUCGUGUGUAUCUCAUAAUAAUUAUAAUGGAGUUUAAUAAUUUAUAUAUGUUGUUUAUUAAUCUUUUGUAUGGUCGAUAUAUGACUGAUACCAGUAAAUUAUAAUGAAAUGUAAACGACGGACCAUUUUUUUUUCAAGAACUGCUUUCGCGAUAUCGUUCACAAGAAAAUCUGUUGGUCUUAUUAAAAUUGCUGUGAUAUAUCUUUAUUAUAUUUUUGAUAUACUUUCCUUGCUUCAGUUUUAUUGUUCUGUAGCCGCCUCUGGCCAUGGCAGAUUUCAAAAAUAAUUAUAUUGUAUUUUCGUGAACAGCGACUGUGACAGUGGUCCAAUAUUUUAAAAUAAUGAUAAUUCUCUAAAAGCUCAUUAUUAGAUUCACAAAACAUAACUCGUCUGUAUACAUACAUACAUACAUACACUCCUAUCGCCUGGCAGCCAAAAAAUAAUUAGACAUCUUACUAUUUAUAAUUCUAGUAUUGACUUUGUUUUUGUACAUAUUUAAAACUUGGACCUGACACAUUUUUUUAUAUCAUAGUUUGCCAUAUUUCCGCUACGAUGGGAACUAGGUGGCUGUUUCUCAAUGGACGAGAUUGUCAUCUCUUUAUAUGAAAUACUUUUAUUCAAUGAAAAAUAUAUAUAAUAUUAUAUAUACAUUUCUUUGUGUAACUAAAAUAAAAGUUAUU